AACGAAGUGUAAAGGUGUAGGGCUAUAAUUGAAGCGGAGAAUUUAAGCGGGAUUGGUACCAAUAGCGUGGAAUAAAAGUCAGGAACCCGCAUAUAAAGAUCUCAAGAGCCAUCAAACAGAGCACAUAAUAAAAACUCUCAAAUUCCAAAUACAAAAUUCCCUCUGUUUCGUAUCAACAAAAAAUUGUGAGCCCCUUUCUUUCUCCAGUGUGUAUUACUGUUAUUAGGCGGCAAUGAAUCAGACUCAGGCCACCACUCAUCAGGAUCCCCCUUGCUUCAAGCUCGUCAUCGUCGGCGAUGGCGGAACUGGCAAAACCACGUUUGUGAAACGCCACCUUACUGGAGAGUUUGAGAAGAGAUAUGAGCCAACAAUCGGCGUGGAAGUUCAUCCGCUGGACUUCUUCACGAAUUAUGGGAAGAUCAGGUUCAACUGCUGGGACACUGCUGGUCAGGAGAAAUUCGGUGGACUCCGCGACGGUUAUUAUAUUCAUGGACAGUGUGCUAUCAUCAUGUUUGAUGUCACAGCUCGAUUGACAUACAAAAAUGUUCCAACAUGGCACCGGGAUCUCUGCAGGGUCUGUGACAACAUUCCAAUAGUUUUAUGUGGUAACAAGGUAGAUGUCAAAAACAGGCAGGUGAAAGCAAAGCAAGUUACCUUUCACAGGAAGAAAAAUCUUCAGUACUAUGAAAUUUCUGCAAAGAGCAAUUACAACUUUGAGAAACCUUUCUUGUACCUUGCCAGAAAGCUAGCAGGAAAUGUUGAUCUACGCUUUGUUGAAUCACCUGCCCUUGCUCCUCCUGAAGUUCAAAUUGACAUGGCUGCACAAGCACAGCAUGAAUCUGAGUUGGAGAAAGCAGCUGCACAACCUCUUCCUGAUGAAGAUGAUGAAAUUUUUGACUAAUGGCGUCCUGUUCCUGAACUUUAUUAGGCUGUUGCUUCACUAAUAGUGUCACAGGUUUUGGUUGUGUACAUUGUAAACUUUGCAAUGAUGGGUCGGUUUGUCCUAUACCUUGGGGUUGCUUACGAUAGGUUUCUUGUCAAAAGCUUAGGCACAUUCUGCCAUGUUUGCGUUUGGACAUGUAGGGUUACAUUUUUAGUUUGCUAUGUUGAAUGAAAAAUUUUAGUUUCACA